ACAAUCCAAGAACCCAAACAAUCGUAUUUGUGUUUAAAUAAUUCAUUCUUACACUAUGCUACUAUGGACCACAUUUCAUAUUCUAUGAAGUUUUCCAAAUUAUAAAAGUAAUAUAAACCCAUGUAUAUGUACUCACACCACAGCAGUUCAAUCUAGCUUUGACUUCUUUUCUUUUAAACAUACUAAGAGUAUACUUAUAUCAUCCAAAAAUAAAAGAAGCUUUACCUUUCGGUUUUUAAUAUUUCUUCGAUCUCUAGAAUUACACCAUGGGUAUUCAAGCAAAAGAGCUUCAUCACUUUAUCUUGUUUCCUUUCUUGGCACAAGGACACUUGAUCCCAAUGGUUGACAUAGCAAGAAUGUUGGCUCAACGUGGUGUAAUCAUCACCAUAUUCACCACCACACAAAAUGCAGCUCGAGUCCAAGGAGUGCUCAACCGGGCCAAGGAAGCUGGCCUUAGAAUCAAUCUAAUUCAACUCAAAUUUCCAUAUGUUGAAGCAGGAUUACCUCAAGGGUGUGAGAGCUUGGAAGCCUUGCCUUCCCCCGAUUUGGGUGAAAAAUUCUUCUCUUCAACUUCUUUGCUACAAAAGCCAGUCGAGACUAUGAUGCCGGAGCUUACGCCGCCACCGACAUGUGUAAUAUCGGACCCUUACAUGCCUUGGACUAUUAACAUAGCUCGGAAGCUUAAUAUUCCAAGGAUAGUUUUCCAUGCAAGAUGUAACUUUUUCCAGUUAUGUUCCCACUUGUUAUGUGUUCCCGAAACAGAGUAUAUUGGUAUCCCUGGCCUUCCAGAUAGAAUUGAUGUGAUGAAAGCUCAGCUACCAGAGCCAAGAACCUCAGAAAUGAAAGAAUUUCAGGAGCAAAUGAAGGAGGCUGAGAUGGAGUCCUAUGGAGUGAUCAUAAAUAGUUUUGAAGAAUUGGAGCCAUCAUAUGUCAAAGAGUACAAGAAGAUGAAGAGUGGUAAGCUUUGGUGUGUUGGUCCGGCUUCCUUAUGCAACAAAAAUGAGUUAGAUAAUGCUGAAAGAGGUAAAAAGUCUUCUAUUGAUGAACAUGAGUGCCUUAAAUGGCUUGAUUCAUGGAAACCAUCUUCUGUCAUAUAUGUUUGUUUUGGAAGCAUAUUUACUCUAACACUUCCACAGUCGAUAGAGCUUGCUUUAGGUUUGGAAGCCUCAAACAAACCAUUCAUUUGGGUUGUAAGGGACUCAGGAAGUAAUAGAUAUGAAGAGCUAGAGAAAUGGUUUAAGGAAUAUGAAUUCGAAGAAAGGAUUAAAAGAAGGGGUAUGGUGAUCCGGGGUUGGGCUCCACAAGUGUUAAUCUUGUCACACCCUUCAAUUGGAGCAUUCUUAACUCAUUGUGGAUGGAAUUCAACUCUCGAAGCGAUAAGCUCCGGGAUUCCCAUGGUUACAUGGCCACUAUUUACAGACCAAUUUCUGAAUGAGAAAUUGGUUGCACAAGUUUUGAAAACAGCCGUAACAGUGGGGUCAAAGUAUAUAGAACCGGGAGAAGAGGAUCAAGUUAUGGUGAAGAGUGAGACAAUUCAGAUUGCUAUAGAGAAAGUGUUGGAUGACCAAGGAGAAGAAAGUAUAGAGAGAAGGGAAAGAGCUAAAAAGUUUGGAGAAAUGGCUAAAAGGGCUGUUGAAGAAGGCGGGUCUUCACACAGCAAUAUAACUUUGUUUCUAGAAGAAGUAGGAGCCAAAAGUUAUUUGAAAUAAAAAGAAAAUGCAAAAGAACAUAUGUAUAGUUUUCCUCUUUAUUGGAAAAAUUGUGUGAAUUAAUGUCUCUUUGUUAAAUCCAAAGUUGUAUUUUAUUUCUACA